UAUAUUAAUCUUUUUUCAACUGCAACUAACAUUAACUGCAACUUUCUAUCUCCAGUACAUAAUUUUCGUCUUCUUAAUAACUUUUCCAAAACUAUUUAUAUGCAUUGAAUUAUCCUUCUGAUUUUUCAUAACUAUUAAUUUAUUUCCCUUUUUAAUUUUCUAUUAAUUCAUUAGUUCUACUCCGAUUGAUAUCAAAUAGGUAAAUAGUAUAUCCCUAUUACCAUUCAUUAAAUAAUUGUUUAAAUUUUACCAAUUAUUUCACUCCACAUUAUAUUUGAUUUUCCCCAAACAACUCAAUAAUAUUAAUAUAUAAAAAAUGGCUAGUAGAGAUCUCCCAAGAUCAUUCGGUGAGUUCGCCUUCGGUUGGACUAAGCAUUUAGCCGAUGAAAUGACUUGGAAUAAAACCCAAGAGCAAUUAAUUGAAGAAGAUUAUCAACCAGAUUAUAUGGAAAAGAAGACUAAAGUCACUGGUAAAUCUUUAUUGCCUGCUUUUGCUUCUGGGGCUGGUUUAUUCUCCGAUGGUUAUGUUAAUAAUUCCAUCGGUACGGUCUCCUUUGCUUUAGGUCAAAUUUAUGGUAAGACAUAUACCAACUCUUCUGCUAUCUCCAAUGUUUCAGCUAUUGCUUUCGUUGGUACCGUUGUAGGUCAGUUAUCCUUUGGUUAUAUUUCUGAUAGAUUUGCUAGAAAGGGUGGUAUGAUGGCUGCUAACGUUGGUUUAAUCAUCUUCACUCUUUUAUGUGCCGUUGCUACUUGGGGUACUUCUCCAGAAGGAUUAUUCGCUUCUAUUGUUGUUUUCAGAAUGCUUUUAGGUAUAUCUAUUGGUGCUGAAUACCCAACUUCUUCUGUUAUUGCUUCAGAAUUCGCUAAUAUGUUACCAGCUGGUCACAGAAACAGAUACUUCUGUUGGUUCACCAAUGCCAUGAUUGAUUUAGGUUUCGUGGUUUCAUCUUUCGUUCCAUUAGUUCUCUUAUGGAUUUUCUCUCCAAGACACAUGAACGUCAUCUGGAGAUUAACCUUAGGUUUAGGUGUUUUCCCACCAUUAAUAUUAUUCUUCUUAAGAAUGGGUAUGAACAACUCUGCAUCUUUUGAUAAAUUAAACAUGAAAAAAGCCAAAUAUCCAUAUCUUUUGAUCUUCAAAUUCUACUGGUUUAGAUUAACUGUUGUUGCUUUAAUUUGGUUUAUUUAUGAUUUCUCUGCUUACUCAUUUGGUCUUUACUCGUCUUACAUUAUUGGUGCUAUUAUUCCAGAUAACGAUAUCUACAAGACUUGGGGUUGGAAUGUUGUCUUCAACUUAUUCUACAUGCCAGGUGCUUUCUUAGGUGCUCUUGCUGCUGAUUAUAUUGGACCAAGAUUAACUUUAGCUAUUGGUGUUGGUUUACAAGGUGUUAUUGGUUUUAUCAUGGCUGGUCUUUAUCCACACUUAAAGCACAAUAUUGCUGGUUUCGUUGUUGUUUAUGGUAUCUUCACUACUUUAGGUGAAUUUGGUCCAGGUGAUAACAUUGGUCUUUUAGCCUCUAAGACUUCUGCUACUCCAAUCAGAGGUCAAUAUUACGGUAUUGCUGCUGCUGUCGGUAAAAUUGGUGCUUUUGUUGGUACUUACAUUUUCCCAAUUAUCAUCAAAAAUGCUUCAAGAGGUGGUACUGACCCAGACAGAGGUCAACAAAUGCCUUUCUACAUUUCUUCCGCUCUUUGUCUUUUCUCCGCUUUCCUUGCUAUCUUCUGUUGUCCAUCUGUUGGUCAAGAUUCCAUUAACAAAGAAGAUGAAGAGUUCGUCAAGUACUUGGCUGCUAAUGGUUAUGAUAUUUCUCAAUUAGGAGAUGGUACUUUGACUGAAGUAUCAUAUGCCCAUGAUACUGUUGUUGAAGAAUACGACGACGCAAAGAAGAGUAAUGAUGUUAACAUUAAGACUGAAUCUUUAUAGUUGACUAUCAUUUACGCAUAACAAUAUAGCUUCCUUUAUAAUUUUAUUUCUACUUUAAUACUUUAACAAAAUAUUUUUCAUUGUCUUGUAAAU